GGGCCUGGUUUCCCUUCAAUCUUGGAAGCCCAGGGACAAAGAGAGUCAACAGUGCAAGUCACAGGUGAGAGAACAGGCCGAGUGGCUGCCUCUGGGUCCCAUUCCAGGAAUUGACCGGAGGCUUCAGAGUGUACACUUGUCUGAGGCUGAGUCCAUGGGACAAGCUGCAGAUGCUCCCAUUCAACCACGGGGCACAUAAUUAUUAGACCUGCUCUGCCCGUGCUUGGAGCUGUGCCCUGGAUUCUUAGGGUUAAUGGCAAGUUCCCCAGUGGAGGAAACAGCGUGUUCAGCUCCACCACUCAGGAAGCAUCUCUCACAUCCACGCUGCACACCUAACUUUGUUGUUGGCUGUGCUUUUUCUCUCUGAAACAAAGCACUUCCAAACCACUUUCCAUUGUGCCCCUUCGGUCAGGUUCAAGGGAUGUUGACAAUAACUAUUGUUGGCAACAAAUCAACAACAGAAUACCCCAGUUUCAGAGCUCAGAAGAGAAAGGACAUUUCCUCCAGACUUGCCAGCAUUGCGCAGGCCCAGCUCUGCAGAGCAAAGAGCAGAAUUGGCCCUGAGCCGGCCGCUUCCCAGCGUGGGGAGGCUGGUGUCACACCUGGGUGUGGAGUUAGGAACGCUGAAGGCUCAUGGGAGCUCUGCGCCGAGCAGCUCCAACGGACUGACUCAGGCUCCACACAGCACAAGGAACUAUCCUAUUCAAUUUUGGGAACUGAAAUAUUUGCUUAACUCCUUCACAAUGCUGGGCUGUGUUUAAAAGGAGUCGGCACAAUUUCAAAAGGGAGGACACCUUUCACCUGGGAGUUUUAUCGCCUGCUUUCAGGAAGAAAAAGGAAGUUCAGAUUGUGCGUCUUACAUCUGCUGUUUUUCAAGUGCAAACUCAAAAUAAUCUUCAUGCCAAAGCGUGGCAUGUUUUGGGAUUAAUAUUAAAAUUGGAAGUUUGUAUCUUUUACUGGAUAUUGGAAAUUGAAUGUAAUGGCAACGGAAUUUAUAAAGAGUUGCUGUAGAGGAUGUUUCUAUGGUGAAACAGAAAAGCACAACUUAUACACGGAAAGAGACUUUAAAGUAUCAAAUAGUCAAAAUACUACUAUCUGUAUACCUCCAUUGACUUCCGUUUCUGUAAAGCCUCAGGUUGGCUGUACUGAGGAUUAUUUACUUUCCAAAUUACCAUCUGAUGGCAAAGAAGUACCAUUUGUGGUGCCCAAGUUUAAGUUAUCAUAUAUUCAGCCCAAGAUGCAAGGAACUCCUUCACAUCUGGAAGAACUUCAAGGAUCUGCCAGAGCAUCUUUUGGAGAUCGAAAGGUAGAACUUUCCAGUUCAUCCCAGCAUGGACCUAGCUAUGAUGUAUAUAACCCAUUCUAUAUGUAUCAGCACAUGUCACCUGAUUUGAGUCGGCGCAUUCCUCCUCCUUCAGAAGCAACGAGACUAUAUGGAUCAGUUUGUGAUUUAAGGACCAAUAGACUUCCCAAUUCCCCGGUGCUAAGCAAGUCUAUGUUUGAUCACAAUUCAUCUCAGCGGUUCAUCCAGAGACAUGAUUCAUUGUCCAGUGUGCCCAGUAGUUCUUCUUCAAGGAAAAAUUCUCAAGGGAGUAACAGAAGCCUAGAUACAAUUACUCUAUCAGGAGAUGAAAGAGAUUUUGGGAGAUUAAAUGUGAAAUUGUUUUAUAAUUCUUCAGUUGAGCAGAUCUGGAUCACAGUUUUACAGUGCAAAGAUUUAAGUUGGCCCUCUAGCUGUGGAGAUACUCCUACUAUUUCUAUAAAAGGAAUACUAACAUUUCCCAAACCAGUGCAUUUCAAAUCUUCAGUCAAGGAAGGCUCGAAUACUAUUGAAUUUAUGGAAACUUUUGUAUUUGCUAUUAAACUCCAAAGUCUACAAACUGUAAGACUUGUAUUUAAGAUUCAAACCCAAACCCCUAGGAAGAAAACCAUUGGCGAAUGCUCACUAUCACUCAGAACUCUUAGCACACAGGAAAUGGAUUACUCUUUGGAUAUAUCACCACCUUCAAAAAUUUCUGUUUGCCAUGCAGAACUUGAAUUAGGGACUUGUUUUCAAGCGGUAAAUAGCAGAAUUCAGGUACAGAUUCUUGAGGCACAGUACCUUCCAAGCUCAUCGACACCCCUGGCUUUGAGUUUUUUUGUGAAGGUGGCAAUGUUGAGUGCAGGAGAGUUGAUUUAUAAGAAGAAGACACGCUUACUGAAGGCCUCCAAUGGGAGAGUAAAGUGGGGAGAGACUAUGAUUUUUCCACUUAUACAGAAUGAAAAAGAAAUUAUUUUUCAUGUUAAACUUUAUAGUCGAAGCUCUGUAAGAAGACGACAUUUCGUGGGGCAGAUUUGGAUAAGUGAAGAUAGUAAUAACAUUGAAGCAGCGAACCAGUGGAAGGAGACAAUUACAAAUCCAGAAAAGGUUGUUAUCAAGUGGCACAAAUUAAAUCCAUCUUGAAGACCUCGCAUAUUAAUUUGGUGAAGAACCUGACAUUCUUUUAAAAGACUCAUAAUUUCAGUUUGCUACCAAUGAGAAGAGAUAAAUCAGUACAUUUGUCAGUUUAUUUAUGGAGGUCUUAAUUAUAGCAUAUAAUGAAUGGAUCUAACAGAAAAUUAAACUUGAUGAAAAAAUGGGAUGAAUUAUAUCAGUUUUCCAAAGUAAAGGAAAUAUUUUAAAACUGUGCUGAAAUAGACAAUAGAAUAAAUGGGUAGUAUUACUAAGGCAACUAAAUAAAUUAUAAAAUCAAUGAAAAUAUCAGCCAUAGAUAGUUACUGCUAUGUUUUGGGGGUUUUUUAAGCUUUACCUAGAUAGUCAAAAUCCGGUAUAUCAAGUCUUUGUUAUACUUUAGGCAUUUAGAAGACUUUUAGCACUAUUUCAGUGCUAGUCAUUGUUGUUAGGUCUUAACUCCAUUGUUUGCUUCUUGCUACAUAGUUUCUCUCAGAAAGCAAAAUUGAAUUGAACCUCUUCAACUCUUCUGUAUUUGGGGGAAAGUUUGUGCGCUGUGUUUGUCAUUUCUUACCCAUAAGUUAUCACAUUGUAAGCUAUUUAUUGCCAAGAAACUUCAGGCAUAGAAAACUACAUUUUGGCAGGAAUAAAUGAAAACACCAGAAGAUUGAAGUUAAAUUGGAAACCCAGUAUACAUACAUUUUGCUAUGUUUUCCUCCUUCACGGCCUCUUUGUUUUAGUUGGACAUGAAAUAAGAUUAUCGUCCAUAUAUGGCCCAUCCUAAUUAGCAGAAUUAAAUGAGCUUAAGUGGCAAAAUGAGAGUUUUAUGAUUACUUCCUUGUUUUUAGUUCUUAGAAUAUAAAUUACUUGUUCUAUAAUCUGCAACAUUAGGACAUUAGAAUAUUUUCCUAUAUUUUUGAAAUAACCAUACAUGAUAACACUAUGUAGCAAAUAAAUAUUUUCUGUUGCAGUUUCUCUCAGGUAAUUAUUACAACUCAAUAUAUAAGAAUAAUUUCAGUUUAGUUGGUUAUACAAGCCAUGGCCGAAAAGCACAGUUGUUUGGAGAAACAGAUAACACCAUCCCUGAUCUUGGAAACCAUGACUUUAUUUUUGCUGAUGGGUAGACUAAGUUUUUUGUGUUCAUGGUCUUCCAUUUUUCUUUUUCUCUUACCUUGUCCCACACAUGCCAAGAGAUAGAUGGUGAUAUUUUAGGAUAGAAGUAUAUACUUUGCUGUAACUUAAGUCUGCCCUUUUCAUUUUAAUUCUUAAUUUCUCUGUAUCCCAUUAAGAUUUUCUCAAUAAAACACUAAUUCCUCUUUGCCUAGGUACCACCUCCUCAAGCUACAAAUUGUACAUAUUUUAUAUACCCUUUUCUUCUGUAGCCUAGAAUUUAUGGUAUACUGGUGAUGUUGACAGGUACUCUCUGACACUGUGCAUUUUGAAAUUUUUUUUUUUUUAGAUGUGUGAAAAAUGGCCUAUUGGUGAGUACUCACAUGGACUUUUAAGAGAAAUCACCCUGUGUGGUAAUGUUUUUAAUUUUUGAGAUAAAUGGCAACUACUUUUAAAGAUUUUUUAAAAAUAGACUUUAAGAGCUGUUUUAGGUUCACAGCAAAAUUGAAAGGAAGUUACAGAGAGUUCCCACAUACCCUCUACCCACACAUUUGCACAGUCUCCCUCACUAUCAACAUCUUGCACCCUAAGGAUACAUUUGUUAAAAAUCAGUGAACCUUCUUUGACACAUCAUCAUCACCCAAAGUCCAUAGUUUAUAUUAGGAUUCAUUUUUGAUAUUUUACAUUCUAUGAGUUUUGAUAAAUGCACAAAUGACAUGUAUCUGCCACUCUAGUAUCAUACAGAUAGUUUUCACUGCCCUAAAAAUCCUCUGCAAAUAUAACCAUUUUAAUAGCUACCAAAGAAGUAAGUGUAUAGGCUUUUAGAGGCUAAGUAACAGACUUUGUUUUAAAAAAUCUAGAAUUUUAUUUGAGCAGUUUUUUUUGUAUUCUAUCAAUGCUUUCAAUUCCUAAACUUAUUAUAUAUAUAGUCAUGUAUUUAACUCAAUUUUUAAUUUUAUUUAAUUUUCAGUAUUUUUACAAUAUGUGUGUAAAGUAUAAUUUGAAGGAAAGCUAUGAUUUCUUGGUUUCUUAUAUGUCUUAGAAUCCUAGGUAAAUAAAACAAUUAAAAAAAAACUUCGUUUACAAGACUUCAGUUACAGAAGUCUUGACGUAAUGAAGAUCCCAAAUAUUUUAAUUAGUGUUUAUGUAAGCCUUUUCUCAUGGAGAGGUAGGUACUGAAUACAGGUGAUAUUUUUGUUGUUUAAUUGAAGCUUUAUGUGGAAAUAUAAAGAGAAAACACUUCUGUUAAUAGCUACUCAUAUAAUGAGGAAAACAUUGGAAAUUGGUAAUAAAAAAUGAGAUACUAU